AUGGCCGAGAGAGUGGAGAAUUAUCUGAGUCAAAAGAAGAAUUCGGCAAAAUCUCCAGAAAUUGCUGAAGUAUUUCAGAAUUUGGAAAAAGCGUACACUAAAAAGUAAGUAUAAUGUAACUGUUGAACAUUUCGCUUAGAUUGUGGCAUCAGUUGACGUUGGAUGUUAAGAAAUGUGUAGCCAAUCCGACGUUCGUUUCCGAAGUUGAUCUGAAGGAGUUUUAUGACAACUUCAUUCAUGAGUUUGAGCUAAGAAUAAACGCUCUGCAGUUGGUUGAGAUCGCGGUGCCAAUCGCAAAAUUCAUAUUUAACAAAGGUAACCUUAAUUAUUUUAUUCUAUUUGUGUUUAGACGUUGAAGAGUCCUUCAAGUUCAUCAAUAACAUCAAGAAGGCGAGCACCGUCGCUAAAGAUAAACAAGCUUUGGUUCGUGCAGAAAGCGCCGAGAUUGAACUUCAGCUUAAUAAUAAACCCAGUGGAAAAUGUACGAAUAUUGCAGAAAUAAGAGUAGGUUGGCAAUCUUAAAUUAGCAUGUGUAUUGCUCAGGUCAUGGUUGAAGAAACUCAGAAGCGACUCGAUGAACUAGUUGGUGUUACUCCGGUUCACGCUACUUUUUACAAAGUGUCCUCGUUGUACCUUCGUGAAGUUGGAAAUCAUGCGUUAUACUACAGAGAAGCUCUUCGUUAUCUCGGUUGUGAAGAUCUGAACAAGCUUUCGGAAGAGGAGAAGAGGAUGCAGGCCGUUCUGCUUGGAUUCGCGGCUCUUCUUGGUGAAAAUAUUUACAAUUUCGGUGAACUUGUGAGUCAUAAGUCAUUAGGUGUGAAUAUUUCUUUUAGUUGGCGCAUCCAGUUUUGAAAUCGUUGGAUGGCACUUCUGAAGCAUGGCUUGUCCAACUUCUGUUUGCUUUUAACUCCGGAGACCUUGACAAGUUCAGAGGUUAUGAGGCCCAAUGGAAACAAUGGCCUGACAUUGUGGUCCAUAAAGAACUUCUCGAAGGAAAGAUCCGUCUCCUUUGUUUGAUGGAGGUAGGUUUUUUUGAACGCAUUUUAGAGGGGCUGAAUUUUACUUACUGUGGAAAUAAUAUUUUAGAUUGCUUUGGCUCGCCCGUCUAAAGAAAGAUACAUUACUUUCACUGAGAUUUCCAACAAAGCCCAUGUCGAUUUGAAUAAAGUUGAGUUCCUUGUUAUGAAGGCUCUCUCCAAAGGAUUGGUUAGAGGUUCGAUUGAUCAAGUGCAGAGUAUUGUUAACAUCACGUGGGUUCAGCCUCGCGUGUUGUCUCAUCAACAGAUCGAUUCGAUGGCGGAGAGAAUCUCAGAAUGGCGCAAAGAAGUUGACGCAAUGGAAGGAGUUCUCCAUGAAAAUGCUAAGGAAAUCCUUGUAAAGACCUAA